GCUUUAUAAGUUGAGUGACCACGACAUAACCUAAAAGUUUCACGUCAAAUUCGUCGCAGUUCCGCUCGAAAAUUAUUUAUUUUAAUAUCUGUAAAUUGUAACUUUGAGCGCCCUUAAAUUCAGAAUGAGUGAGAAGGAAGUGAAAGACACCACUGACGGCGACCUAGCCGAUUUACUCAGCAGCACAUUGGCCGAUUUCUCCACCGCAUCCGGGGACGCACCGAAACCCGACACAAACGACACCAAAAAAGAAGAUGCCGUUGUGCCCGUUACCGGCGAAGGCGAAGAAUGGUCGGAUGAUUUCAUCCGACAGGCAGCGCAACAGUUUGAAUCAAACAUCGCUGCACUCCUGAGCGGCACCGGCGGCGAUGCGGGCGAGGACGCAUUAACGCCGGAGCAAGUCCAGGCGAGUUUCCAGCGCAUGGCGGAAGCCGCACAGGCGGCGCUCACGAAUCCAGGCAUCGAAAACCCACAGAGCAAUGAAUUCGCCUCAACCAUUUCACAGACAAUUCAGGGUUUAUCUCAGGGCGCGGAAAAUCUGCAGAAUCCGUUCAACGAAGCGGAUAUUAUGAAUAUGUUUGGGAAUUUGGGCGGACAGGGUGAACAAAGCGUUUUACCGUUCAUGCAAGGCAUGAUGCAGAGUCUGCUCAGUAAAGAAGUGCUGUAUCCUAGUCUAAAGGAUAUCUUAAGCAAAUAUCCUGAUUGGUUGAAGAAUAACGAAGCUACGUUAUCCGCAGAGGAUAAAGAACGGUAUAUUAAGCAACAGGAGCUCAUGCAGAAAGUCUGCGAAGAGUUGGAGGGUGAAAAAGAUGAGGAUUCCGCUGAGGUGAAGAAAGAACGCUUUGACAAGGUGUUGGCCCUCAUGCAAACACUGCAGGAUCAUGGCCAACCACCAACUGAUAUUGUCGCUGACGCUGGGCCUACGGUACCUUUUGAUCAGGCUGGCAAUCCGGAGCAAUGCUGCAUAGUUUAAUUAUGUGUGUCAAAAUAUUAGUUAUAGGUAAACGUGAUGCAUCAAUAUUUGGGUAUAUUAAGGGCCACAAAGUGUUUCUUCGAUUACAUACGACUUUGCGGACCAAUGACGACAAGAUGGCAGCUCUGCUCUAAAAUGGGCUGCGUUUUGACCGGCGUAAAUUAUAAUUAACAUUGGGCGGUUGUUUGCUUGAAAUUAUAUUGUUGACUAUUUGUGUUUGUAUAUUUACGUGGUCAAAUGGUGGUGUCUACUGCGCGGGCUGUUGCAGCUGAUUAGUUUUAUUUGUGUAAUAUGCAUUUUGAAACGAUGCGGCGCGAUGCGAAUUUUAUUACCAAAGUUUCGCGCUUGUUAUUGUCGCACAUUUAAUGUGUUUUGUACAUGCGAAAUGAACCGAAACAAGAGAACGUGUUUCUAUAAUAA